GCUGGUGUGAGCAAACAACGCAAUGGACAGUGCUUUCCCUGUCACCACCAAAGAUAUACGCUAGCAUUCUACUACUGUUUUUGUUUAUGGCUGUGUUACGACUGGAGAUACUCUUAAUGGUCAUGGAAAAGUCUUGAGUGACGUGUUGAGUUAUUUACUGUGAAUCUUGGGGACUUGUGAGACAUCAGGAUCAAGAUGGGAGCCGCCAGUGCCAUUCUCUUUGUCUUCGUUGGAUGUUGUAGCAAUGUUGUCUUCCUCGAGCUGCUCGUUAAGGAUGAACCAGCGUGUGGAACUCUGAUCACCUUCGCUCAGUUUGUUUUUAUCGCCAUAGAAGGUUUUGUUGUUACAGCUGACUUUGGGAGGAAGAAAAACUGUAUCCCCAUCAGAGAAUACUUGGUGUUGGUGGUGAUGUUCUUCUUGGUCAAUGUCACCAACAACAUGGCCUUUGGAUUCAAAAUUUCUGUUCCACUCCACAUCAUUUUCCGCAGUGGAGGACUGAUUGCCAGUAUGAUUUUGGGGAUCCUGGUUCUGGGACGUCGAUACUCAGUGUCGAAGUACAUCUCAGUCUUCAUGAUCACCUUUGGCACCAUCAUCAGUACCCUUGCUUCUGCUGAACAUGUGUCCCAGGACGAGAAAGAAGGCGGGUCUUCGGGUGAAAUUUCAAGUUUCACGACCUGGUUGAUGGGUAUCGCGAUUCUUACAUUUGCUCUCUUCAUGUCAGCGAGGAUGGGCAUCUAUCAAGAGUGCCUCUACACGAAACACGGCAAGCAUUCCAAGGAGGCGCUCUUCUACAUCCACACCUUGUCCUUACCCGGAUUCCUGUUGACGUGGAAGACCAUCGCGGACCACUGUGUUCGGUUCAAUCGGUCGGCUGUGUUGCCCGUCCUCUCUUUCGUACCUGGUCUGGCUCACUUACCCAGACUCUGGCUCUUCCUCGCCGGCAACGUCCUUACACAAUAUCUUUGUGUGAGUUCCGUGUUCAGAUUGACUUCCGAAUGCAACGCGCUCACCGUCACCCUGGUCCUCACCCUCAGGAAGUUCCUCUCCCUCGUGUUCUCUAUUGUUUACUUCCAGAAUCCCUUCACCCUGAAGCACUGGAUGGGCACCCUCUUGGUCUUCGCUGGCACCUUCCUCUUCACCGAGGUUUACCAGAAGACCCGAGAGGCUUUCCAAGCCAAACGACCCAAAGCGGAAUAGUGACGGAGGAUACCUGAACUUAUUAAAAUAUACAUUCAGCGCUGUAUAGCCCUUGUGGCUUAGCGCUUCUUUUUGAUUAUAAUAAUAAUUAAAAUAUACAUGAAGACACUUUUUUUGUUAAUUCUGUGUUUUGAUGGAGUAAGCUGGAAUUUGUUUUUUAAGAAAAAAAUUCUUAUUAUUUUGAGUAGUAGUAUGCAACAAGUUUACAGCCAAUUCUGAGUAAUUUCUUAAGUUAAAAUUAUUUUUUAUUUUGAACGGUGAACAUUUUGAGCAAUAAUUUAGAGCCUGGUCACUUAAACUGGUAAAUUUAUAAUAAAUACGGUUUAAAAUGCAUUUCAAUAUUUUUAAAUACAAAUUCAUAGAAGGAUAUACCCCUUAUUUCCUCAUUAUAUCUCCAAGGGAUAAUAAUUAUAUUGAUAAUAAUAAUGUUAAUAAUAAUAAUAAUAAUAAUAAUAAUAUUAUUAUUAUUAUUAUUAUUAUUAUUAUUAUUAUAUAAUCUUAAUGGUAACAGUGAGGACAAAUUUAUUAUUAACAAAAUAUGGCAGUUAUAAUUACUAUAAACAAAAAAGGAAAUAAAAAUAUUUUAUAUUAA